GACUCUCAGAUUGGAGACUAUUGUUUGUAGUGUUUAACUCCAGGAAAUUGACUAAAGGAGGCGGGGAAGAGUUUUACCCGGAGCUGGGCUGGGUUGCUGGGCUGGCGGCUCUGGGACCCGGGAUGCGGAGGAGCGUGGCAUCCCACUCUGUCUGGGAGGUUGGCGAAGAGGAAUGACGCCCAUCCCCACCUGGCAUCAGGGUGGUGGCGACAGCAGCUCAGCUCUGCUACACUGGUCUUGGACUGACAAUGGGGUGCAAUGUGAAGAAGAACCUCCCAGCUCAUGGUUGGCCAUCAUGGACCUGGGUUCUGGUCUUCCUUCAGGCACUAAACCCAGCCAUGUGACCUUGGUCCAAUGACUUUACCUUUAUGAGCCUCAGUUUCCUGUGAUGGAAGGGACAUAAUACUCCUGAAUCAUCUCACAGGUGUGAGGAUUGAGUGAAACUGGCUUUUGAUGAUGAGAACUGAGAGGAACCUUAAAGAUCAUCUACACUAAGCCCCUCAUUUUAUAGAAGAUGUAUAGGAAGUCUACAAAGGCAGUAAUUCGUUCAAGUGGAAGAGUGAUUGGACAGAUGAUGAAAAUGAACUGGAGGAUGUAGAGAGCCAAGGAAAUUCCACCUCUUCUCUUUAUGGGUCCCCUCAGCAAGACCAUCAGCAGGACAUGGCUGAGGAUGGACUUCGAAGAGCCAGCAGGGAUUUCCUAGAACUGCAGAGAACUGAGUACUCUAGUAAAGGCUGUCCUCAACAUGCUUAUAAGCGUCAGUUCAGCUCUGACUACAGCAUCAGCCCCAUGAGUCUGGGAGAGACUCAGGGUGGAUUUGAAGGGUCACAUUAUGGCCAAGAGGAGGACAGGUUCUCAGGCCAAUCCAACAUCAGCCUGUACCCCACCAAUGCCCCCAGUGGGCAUAACCUGAGACCAGGUUCUGCAGCAUCAGCUGACAGCAUGCCCAAGAGUAUUGAGCCAUUUGGCGACAGCUCAGAGUAUCCCAUCAACACCCACACUGGGCAUAACCUGAGACCAGGUUCUGCAGCAUCAGCAGACAGCAUUCCUGAGAGUAUUGGUGGCAGCUCAGAGUACCCCUCAGAAUCAGAGGCAGCUUCAUCUUCAGGUGAUGUCCACCUGAGAACUCCCCCACCUGAGUCCUCCCAGAGCCACUUCCUAAGUCCUUUGUCCCUGGAGGGACUGCAGCAUACCCCAAGAGCUGCUGGCAAAACAAACUCUGAUGCUUCUUAUGAAGAGAGGCCUGGUAGCCUUAUGGGAGCCGUCAGCCAGCCAGGACCUGCAGCCUCUCAGGACUCGUCGAACUCUAAAGCCCGGAUACCCCACAGUCCUGGCUUUAAGUUUGGGAGGGAAGAGUCCAAUUCUUCUCCUUUUCAAUGGGGGGGAAACCAGCCCUUGGACCAAAUUAAAAAAUCCAAGAAGGCAUCCACUGCACUGCUUCGUUCCCAAUUCAGUGGUUCAUUCUGCCCCUUCAGUCCUCCAAAGAGUAGCACCCCAAAGGGGCUGAACCAAUCAAGGACUCCCAAGCAAGGGGUCAACGUGCCUGCCCACUCCUCAUCUGAAGUCUCCAAGUAUGGCAGGGGCCAGCUGAACUACCCACUGCCCGAUUUCUCCAAGGUGGAGCCCAAAGUACGGUUCCCUAAAGAUGAAGAGAGCUACCGUCCUCCCAAGGGAAGGAACUGGCCCAGGCAGUCCCAAGGUUCCACGAGACCUCUGAUCUUCAAGUCUCCUGCUGAGAUUGUUCGGGAGGUGCUACUCAGCAGUGGGGAUAGCUCCCCUCAGAAAACCUCUCUUCCUUCCUACAUGGUGGCCAGAGUGCCCAAGGAAUUCAAGACACCUCAGCAGGCCACAGAGCUGGUUCACCAGCUGCAGGAGGACUACCACAAACUGCUCACCAAAUACGCAGAGGCUGAGAACACCAUUGACCAGCUGCGGCUUGGAGCCAAGGUAAACUUGUAUUCAGACCCACCGAAGCCCAGCCAUGGUGUUCACAUGGGGACCAUGCCCCACGGGACCAAGGUCAUGUCCUUCACCAUUCCCCAGGCUAGGAUGGCACAGUGGCAGUCAAACACCAACACUGGAUCACAGGCUUUAUUGGACUCAGAACUGUCCACAACUCGAGGUGAUCUGAUUCCAUCCCCAGCUGCCGCAUACCCUGGCCCACUGGCAGAUGGCAGUGGUACCUCCACAGGAGAGCCAUCCCUGGGCGAUCGUCUGACCCAGACGCUGGCCAACGAGGUGGUCAAGUUCCUGGAACAGGUGGAAUCUUUCGAAGGAUUGGUCCAAGAAGGAAGAUUGGUACCUCAGGAUCAGCUCAAGGGGUUUUGGAGGCUGAAGGAAGAACAGGAUGCUUUGGAGAAAGCCUUUCUCUGGGCACGAGGAGAGCACAGACGCAUGCAACAGCUCCAGGCCUCUGAGGUGUCGCCUGGUGAAUUUGAUCCUAACAGGGAAGUGGAAGGAGAGAUAUUUCGGCUGGGAAUGCGCCUCGAGGAGCUCAUGGAUGAGAUAGAUGACUUAAAACCUGACCAGCUCUCUCCCAGGACCCCUCCAGAGGAAAAGUCCCAUGGGAGCUCAGCAGCUUCCCCUGGAUCAGACCUGCAAACUCUGUCUCCUGCUCCAUCAGCUCAAGCCCCAAUGCCAACUGUCCGCACACCCUACCCUGAGACCCCAGCUAUCCGGAACGGCCAUACUUUGCUGUGUGGGGCAGAUACAGAAGUGAGCUGUGCCAGCAGUGAGUUAGAAGACGAGAGCCCAGGACUCCCACAGCCCCUUCAGUACAAGCAGCUCCAAAUGGAGCAGGAUUUCCAGAGCCUCAUGUCCCGAUACAACAGUAUCAAAUCACUCCCUGAUGCUGUGAAGUUGGAAGAAGACCAGGAAGAGAAGGAUGCCACCCAGGAAGUUGAUGGACCAAUUGUUGGGAAUCGGAAGGCAUUUGAACUCAGAUCAAGGAGGACAGAACAGGAAGUGGGGAAGCACCUCAACCCUCUUGAGGAGUCUGUGGAGCAGAGGGAAUCCACCCAGCCCCUAGAGCUCCAGUCAUCAAUGCUGAGAAAUAGUGGGCACCAGCUGGGUGGGCUUCCUCAGAGUCCUAUUGCUCAGCCACCCCCACCCACCCCCAAGCUCACCUCACAAGUCUCAGAGCAAAAGCAGCUGCCCUCCCACCAGAGCAGCAUCACCAGUUUGGCCGGCAGUGGUGUUUCGGGUUCUUUGCCCGUUCAGAAGGCUUUCCAUUCAGCCAGUGCCCCCCAGCUGGCAAGAAACUUCGAUGUGAACCAGUACAAGGAGCACCGGAUAGUGUCCCCAGAAACUGACAGUGGUUUUGUGGGAUCUGAAACCAGCAGGGUAUCUCCAUUAACCCAGACUCCGGAGCACCGACUUUCCCAUCCCAGUAUGUCUUUUGGUACCAGUGACCUGAGGAGAUUACCCCAGUCAUCUAUAUCAUGUCUACCUCAAGCUCCAUCUUCCCACCAUCCAGGAAGGGACCAGAUUGUCAUAGGAGCAUCCUCUGGUCUUAGCAUAUCAGGGGCCCAGGCCCAGAGAUCUGACCCAAUGCCUAUCACUCCCCGAAAGAAGUGGACAAAAAGCUUCCACCACAAACCAGGACCAGGUACAAAGAUGGCUGAUUUGGAUGGCGAGGGCCACGAUAGGGCCCAUGAACAGUAUUCUCAUGACAGAGAAGAUGGACAGUCUCCUGCUCCCACCCCUUCUGAUGAAGCACAUGAAGAGACAGCACGAGACCCACUCAGCAACCUCAUUUCCCGGGAAGUGAGAGACCAAGCUAUCCGGGCCCUACAGCAAGAAGUGACCCAACUCCGAGAGAGGAUAGAGGCCAGCUUGAAAAACCCACCUCGGGACAACUUAAGUCAUAACUUCCAACAAGCUACCAGGGCCCGGAGCAGGCUUGCAAAGGACCCCUUGGCUUCGGGGAGCUCUUCCCACACCAGUAAAUCUGCAGAGAGAUACCAGGGUGACCGAGGAGAUACAACCCAAAACAAUAGCACAGUAAGGUCUCGGCUGAGAUCCUCCUCUGUGCCCCGGGAGGGGACCCAACCAGCUCAAACUUCUGAAUCAGAACGAUCUAUAUCCAGGAUCCAGGCUGAGGAGAGAAGAGCCGAGAAGCAGAGCUCCCUGGACAGCAUAAAAGGUAGAACCAGAGGGGAGCAAACAGACACAGUCUACUUCCGAGGCCACUACACAGGUCACAAAUAUUCCCUCAAAUCCUCUCAGCGCCUCGAGGAAGACAACAAUUCUCGCUCCUGCCCCUACUGUCACUCAACAAAGAAGAAAUUUCCUGACAAUACUCCCAGAAAAGAUCCAGAGGAACAUUUUUCCCAUGACAACGUCAAGAAGACCCAGUGUUCGAUGUGUCACCGACCCAGGAGUCCCACAGAGAAGGACAGAGAACCCUCUGGGAUAGACAAGGGCACACAGAAGGGAGCACCUCUAAGUUCUGGCCCAAUUCGGAAAUCUGAGCAACGGCAGCAGCCAUCGACUCCGCCAUCACUUCCUCAUCCUCCUGGAGUGUGGUAUCUGGCGUCCCCGCUUCCAGCUCCAGUGGGGGCAGCCUUUGCUUAUGUCCCACCAGUUCCUGUUGUGCCUUAUUCACCCUCAACAUUGUACUAUUCUCCAGUAGCACCUACCUCAGCCUCUUCCCCUCUACAUUACUCCAGUGGUAAAAAACCUGCCGAGGUGAGACCCUUGUCUCAGAACCGCCGAACUCCAACCCCAACUUCAGGACAUCGCUACUUAUCUGAGCUGGAUCUCAUCGACCUGGAUGACCUCAACCGGUCCUUGAACCAAGCUGUCGAAGCAGCCAAAAAUGUCGAGCUCACCACCAAGCAAAUGAGUCGGUCUUUGUCUGCUGACUUACACAGAGCCCGAGGUCUAAGGGGAUCCUGUCUCUUUUGACAGGAACUGACUUAACAUGGGGGGGUAAGAGGGCAGGGCAUUUGAUUUCUAUUUCAUUCAGCGUGGUUGACUUCCUGCAAGAGCAAACAAAAUGUUCUGAAAAUGCUGGGGGAUAAUCCCUUAUUUGGAUGCUAAAUCAGCAGCAGAUGGCAAGCUUAUUUUUAAAAUUUUUAAUUUUUUAUACAAGAGAACAAUAUAUUUUUCAAAUAAGGACAGAGAGGUCUGGGGCUUUCAGUCUGAAAUUGGCCACCAGCAGUGUGAUGCUGAGAACGAACGAUGCUCUGUACACAAGGAACUCUGGGAAUGGCCCUUCCUUCCAUACCUGUACUUUCCUGCCUCCAGCUAAUAAUGUCUUUUUUCCCCAAGGCUAAGCUGCUUUGUCUCUGGUCCCCAUGAGUAGACUGCAGGAGUCCCUUCAAGAGUCAAGGAGAGAGGGCCUUGCAGGGAGUGUGUGUGUAUAUGGAGAAGGGGAGUGGCGGGAGGAUGGAGCCAUUGCCAACUCCUACAGAGACAAAAGCUGUGAAAAAAGGACUCUUUGCUGGCAGCUUCUGCACUAUUUUUGGAGUCUGAGCAGAGGCCCCUGGGUUUUCAAGGCAGCAGACAGCCUUCAAUUUUUCUUUUGCUGGAAAGAAGGGCUUCCCCAUCAAUCUGUUUGGAGCCAGUGUUUUUGAAGUCUUUUUUUUUUCCUGCAAGGUUUCCUCCUGGUACCUCCUCCUAUACCUUCCUCUUUCCUGUGGAUUCAUUUGGCAUUUUAACUGAUUGGAGCUGAGACAGUUCCUAAGGGAUCUGCCUUUUGGGUACGGACUGUUGCACUGAGGGAUGCCACAUCCCCUGCAUUGAUGCUUACCUCAGCAUUCCUGGAAUGCACAGCAUAGAUGGCAUUUGUAUAUUUAGGAUAUUUUAAACCUUAUUUUAAUUCCAAAGGUCAAUGAAGAAAAAUGAAUGCUGAUCCUUUUUUUUUUUAAAGAAAAACAAAAUAAAACAAAAAAUGUGU